UAUUCAGGAUGCAACAACUUAUAGAACAUCACUCAAUGCUUUGCUGUCUGAUUUCCUCAAAUCAAAACAUCACUCAGUUGAUUAACUAUCCAUUUCAAUUCGAAUACAUCUUGAGCUUCGAAGACUCGGCUAUUCUUCGGAAAUAAACAAACAAACAAACAACCCUGCACCUAAAUCCUACCAUCCCUCUAAAUCAAUAUCACCACGAUGCGCAACACUUUUUCGAGUCUACGCUCACACAAACUCAACAAUAAACAAACCACCUCUGUCCCCUGCAAACAUCAACAAUCAUGGCAACCGAACCAGAAUUCCCAUGCUCACUGUACGCACCCUCCUCUCUCCUCCCUCCUUCCCCUCAUCCAAGCCCACUAACCCCUCCCUCCAGCACCAUCGACAUUCCCCUCCCCACCGCACGACUCGCCUCCGCUGCCCUCUCAGCCCUAUCCGUCGACGCUGAGCUCUCCCCCCUUGUCCGACGCACCUUCUCUCUCGUUUCCCCUUCUCCAGACAACCUUGUCUCUGCAGACUCGAAAACUAUCUUCCGUGCCAUCUACCGCGCAACCACAAACCGCAUGUUGCGUGUAGCUGUCAAUGGAUUUAUGGAAAGUUUAUCUGUUGUGUUGGGGGUCAUGGAGGAAUUAGAUGUUGAUGUACUGGAGAGCGAGGGUGACAAGAAUGAGUAGAAUGAAUCAGAGACGCAAGUGGUUUAGUGAUGCGUCAAGAAAUGCAUUGGUUGCUUGGGCUUCUCUUUGGUAUCUAAGGGCUCCCGUGGAUGUUAUUACCAGAUGAUGAGAUGGGACCGAAAGAGAGAAGAAGAAAGACAGAAAUCGAAGGAGAAAGGAGAAGACCUGAAAUAUCAUCAAACAGCUCGGGAAGGCAUACAUCAAGCGCAGGUAUCCAUGCACCCGGUAAGCAUCCAUGAAUACUUUGAAGGCAAAAAAGGCUUGACGGGCUCCUCACAAACUAUGUCACCUUCCAGGAAUCAAGUGAAUGUGGAGCUAUAGGAAACCAUCAUACGUUACGCGGGAUGGAGUCCGUACAUAUACAUAUGUAUAUAUCCAUGAGAGACAUCGAAGCAGGUGCUGCUACCUCUCAUACCAUCCAUAAUCAAAUAGCCAAAUAAACUUACAUAUA